AAACGACGACAACACCGGAAUGAGGAAAUUGACGAAGGGGCAAAGCCAUGUGCAAAACAAAGUUGCUCAUCGUUGAUAACCACGCGGCCCGCAGCACCAGAGGGUCACUCCUCCCGACUCUCCCAGCUGCGUUCCGCUUCUCCGUCCUUUGCGUCCCAACCAGACAGACGGCGUUCGCCUCACUGCACCAGCCCCUCUGCCUGUCCUCCCACCACCACCACCACCCCCCCCCUCCCCCGCUCCAACUCAGCCCCCUCUCUCCUGCACCCAAGGGCUAUGUCUCUCCUCCUCAUCACACUGCUGUCCUCACUCAUGCUGCGCGAUGCCGCGGCUUGGGGCGCCAACGUCAAGUACGCGGUGAACUGCCCCGACCGAUGCAGCGCGGAGCGGUGCGGCGCGACGCAGCGGUGCGCGCGGACGGUGCUGGACGACUGCGGCUGUUGCCAGGUCUGCGCGGCCGGCCGAGGGGAGCACUGUUACCGCACGGUGUCCGGGAUGCACGGCGUGAAGUGCGGACCGGGGCUGUUCUGCGAGUUCUACAAGGACGAGGACGACUACGGGGACGAAUAUGGGAUUUGCAAAGACUGUCUGUAUGGAACCUACGGGAUGGAGUGCCGCAAGACAUGCAACUGCAAGGGCGGCAUAUGUGACCGGGAGACGGGAGCUUGUCUCAACCUCAAAUUCUUCGCCAAAAUCGCCGGCCAACUCAAGACUGAGCCGCAAGAAGGGGGAGAGGUGGGCUCAGGAGAGGUCAGUGCUGCCCAGGACACGGAUCCCCACACGGACAGACCCACCGCUCCCAGGCGGCUCAACCCUCGCUGACAAGUGCUGACAGGGCUGAAUCUAUUCAGUGUACAUGUAGCAUUAACUUAUAAAUGAACUGAAAGAUAUAUUUUAUUAUGUUAAGCGAUGAGAAACUUUUUUAUAGCAUUUGGAGGUUUUGUUUGUUUGGUCCUCGUUUGAAGCCAGUAUCUUUUUCUAAUGAAAUACACCAGACGGUUGUACGUUGUCAUUCUCUUCCGAUUCUCUUUUUCUCUUUUCUUCCUUUGUUCCCACGAGCUGCAGUUGUAUACGUCGUUUAGCGUGCAUAUUGUUGAGAAAAAGAAAAGUUAAUAAUGUGCGUUUUAUUUGAGGUUUUCCAUAUUGACGUCAUAUUUGUACUGGAUCUAUGAAAAGUGGAUGUUGGAAUUAUCAUGUAUGUGACACCAGCCAAUGUAAAGAAAGCCCAAUUAAACCAAAGUUAUCACACC